AUGAUAGUAGUUAAUAUCAAUAUCAUNUUAAGUAUAAUAACACAAAUAAGUGGUGGUACAGGGUUUAUUGGCAACCGAUUAAGAUCAUUAUUACUACAAAAUAACAAAAAGUAUGAUGUCAAGAUAAUAUCAAGAGUUGGAACAUAUGAAAAACAUGUUUUAACAUGGGAUGAUAUAUAUAAAUAUGGUUUUCCAAAAAAUACCAUAUGUGUUAUAAAUUUAGCUGGAGAAAAGAUAAUGAACCCAUUAAAAUUAUUCAAUAAGUCAUUCAAAGAUGAAAUAAGAAUAAGUAGAGUCGGAACAACUGCAUUUCUUACUGAUGUUAUAAAUAAUUCCGAAUGCAAGCCGGAAGUAUACAUCAAUAUGACUAGUAUUGAUAUUUAUCCUGAAAAUACAAUCAGUACAGAAUGUACUCCUUGUAUUAAACAACCAAAUAACUUUUUUUCCACUUUGUGGUGUGAAUGUGAAAAAGUUGCAAGUGAAGUUUCAAGCCAAGUUAGAAAAGUAACGAUUAGAUCAGGAACAGUUUUAGACUGUAAUGGUGGAUAUGUUCGAGGUUUAUAUUUUCCAUUUUAUUUUGGUUUUGGGGCUACUAUGGGUAAUGGUUGUCACCAUCAACCAUGGAUACACAUGGACGAUUUAUGUAGCUUAGUAAUACAUUGUAUACAGUGUUCAAAAAUGGAAGGCAUAUUUAAUGGCGUAUCACCACAUAUCAUAACCAAUUUUCAAUUAUCAACUAGUUUAGGGAAAGCAAUGAAUCGUAGCAUAAAUUUUCAUUAUUCUGAAAGAUUUUUAAAAUUAAUCUUUGGAUCAGAACGAUCAAAAUACCUUUUAGAAGAUAGAGUGGUAUCUUCAGAAAAAAUGUCAAACCAUGGAUUUCAGUUAUAUUUUAGUGAUAUUGACGAAGCUAUGAAUAACAUAAUUAAACGUCACUGUCUGAUUUAAGCAUAGAAUGCGUACAAGAUUUAAUGUUAUACAUAAUAUAUAUUUAGCAUAAAAAAAAAUUAAAUCAGGAAAAAAAUUUUGUUAGAACUGUUUAGAAAAAUAAUUCGUGAACAUUUAUACCAUUCUGUAAUAGGUAAAUUGUAAUACACUGCUAAGUUACUUAUAGGAAUUACUAAUGCAGAACUAUCUUUUUUAAUAACUUUUUCGAGUUUUAUGAGAUCAGUAUAAAGGAUUUCAGAGUUGAUUAUUCUAGAUGGAAUUUUUUAUAAUUUACAGUGCAGAUGAGUGCUUGAGUCCCUUUCGUUGUUAGUUAAACUUAGUAAGGCUAUUAAUAUAUCAUGGACAACCUCCUGAAUACCUAAAAAUUUAUUUUCAGUUUUGGUGGUUUCUAUUAAGUUUUUAUUAUUGCUCUCAUGUUUAAUCAAUUCCUUAAAUGAAUCUUUUACCAUAUCAAGUUUUGAAUUAGUACUCUUUGUGUAGGAAUUAAGUUCUGAGGUU